UUCAAAAAAACCAAAUAUUCGUUACGAAAACUAUAACCAAACCCAACUCCAUCUUCAAUUUCAACUCUAAAAUGACACAUAAAGUGAAAAAUAUUUGAUUUCAUGGCCAAACGCCUGCUUAAACAUCUUUCCUUCUUUCAUUUGCUUUAGAGCUAAAUCACUCAUUUUUGUGUAUCUUGAAGAAGCCCCCUUUUUGUUUAAGCACAAGGAAGUAAGAAUGUGGUCAGAGCAAAAAGAAAUACCACCUCCACCUGGUUUUGAACCUUUGGACCAAAUUUUACCUACUGAAGAUAACUCUGAUGAUCAUGACAAAGGUGAAAGGACUACUACUCCUCCUGAUCCUGUUAUUAAGAGGUGCAGUUCAAGAAAAAGGACUCGUCCAAAUUUCUUUGUUCCAAACCAUUCCCGACCUUCUCCACGACCACAUGAUCAAGGUUUACAACGUGGCCGGGGUCGUCCUAGGAAACAGAGAUCACAUGAUGAAAUGCCAUCCACGGCAACAACAGAAAAUCCAGGCUCGCAAUCUUCUUUACGUCGUGGCCCAGGUCGCCCUCCGAAGCAGAGAUCAAAUGUUACAGAAGCUCCUGCAGUUUCACCACCUCCAGCAUCACCAUUGGGGUCGACCGGGGAUAGGCCAUUAGCUUUGGCGACCACAAAUACUCCAGAGGCAGUUGCACCAACUCAAUUGGGGUCCACCAGAGAUAGUUCAUUAGUUUCGGCGACUGCAAAUAAUCUAGAGGCAGCUGCUUCAACUCCAUUGGGGUCGAUUGGAGACACUCCAUUAAUUUUGGCGACUGGGAAUACUCCAGAGGCUGUUGCCCCAACUUCACUGGGGUCAACCAGUGAUAGGCCUUUGGAAGUUCCCUCUGACGAAGAGGAAACAAAGUUAAAUGUAAAGUCGUCUAGAGUACUGAUGCAUCCCCCAAACGCAAAUUAUAGACCCCAGAUUCCAGAUGAAGAAUCGAAGAAAGUGAUUCUUGGAGUCGGGUCUUUAUUGGUGAAGAAGCUGCUUACUUCUGAGAACGAUGUUGGUGACAUGGUCCAUCAGGCCAAUGCUACCUUUACUUGUUUGAAAGCGCUUGAUGUUGAUUAUGCCUCUUUUUACAGAGAAGUCACAGAAUACAUUUCUCAUCGCUGCAAUUUGCUAGACGCGCAGAGAGAAGAAACCAUGUUGUCUUUGCCAGCAUUGCAGGAAAAUUAUGAAAAUGCUAAAAGUACUGCACUUGAUGUUGAGGAGGAUUUUGGUCGUACUCAAGGAGAAUGGGCGAAGGCCAAGGAGAAAGAGGAAACCUUGAAGAGGCGAAUCGAGCAUCUGAAGCAAGAGUUAGCGCAGAUCGAACAUAAAAAGCAGAGUCUGAAAGAAGCCCAUGAAGUUGCAAAAGUCAAGGAGCAAGAACUUGGCACCCAGUUGAAGGCAGCUCAAGCAAGGCGCACAGAAAUUCAGCAGCGCAAAUAUGCAGCUCUCGUAGGGAUUGAAUCCACCACCCAACGUCUAAAGUCCACAUAUCAUGUUGAUUUCGAUUAGUUGGAUACUUGAUAACUCAUUAAAUGAGCUCCCUACAAGAUGAACUGAAAGUCCUCGUGACUAUCUUGAACUGUUUUGGGGUUUCAUCCUUUCUUGCAGCAGACUGGUUGUUUUUUCAUUGAGUUAUCAACAUGUAGUAGAUUCUCCUUAAAGUUUCUUGUCAUGCUUCCAAUCUUUUAGCGUGUACAAUCUUAACUUGCAGCAUCAGAUUGUUUUUUUACUUCAGUUUCAUGUCAACUUUUAUUCUAGCAUGAGAAUGGGACUUUACAUAUGUCUUUUGUUUCAAGGGAACUAAGUUAUAAGUAGGAAGUUUUUUAGAGAAAGCUGCUUAGAUCGUUUGUUGUAAAGAAAAAGUUGCUACGAUAUAAUGUCAGUCAGUUUUUGUUAAUGUUAACUUAUAGUUUCAUGUAAACGAAAGAUUUAGGCCUACUACGAUAUGGCUCU